UUGCUGCUGAGACUGGAGUGGAUCAGUGUGAGGAGGGGCAGCACUGGCGACACACUCACACACAUAAAGAACCAACACACUCACACACAUUAUUAACACACACACACAGCAUUAACACAGUGAAAGAAUGAGGGAGAUUGUGCACAUUCAGGCCGGACAGUGUGGAAACCAGAUUGGAGCAAAGUUCUGGGAGGUGAUCAGUGAUGAACAUGGCAUCGACUACAGUGGAACUUACAAUGGAGACAGCAAGCUGCAGCUGGAGAGGAUCAAUGUCUAUUACAAUGAGGCCUCAGGGGGGAAGUUUGUGCCCCGUGCCAUCCUGGUGGAUCUGGAGCCUGGCACCAUGGACUCAGUACGGUCCGGUCCCUUUGGACAAAUCUUCAGGCCUGAUAACUUUGUGUUUGGUCAAAGUGGCGCUGGGAACAACUGGGCCAAAGGUCACUACACUGAGGGUGCAGAGCUAGUGGACGCUGUGCUGGAUGUGGUACGUAAGGAGUCGGAAAACUGCGACUGCCUGCAAGGAUUCCAGCUCACGCACUCUCUGGGUGGUGGCACAGGCUCGGGCAUGGGCACACUGCUCAUUAGCAAGAUACGUGAAGAGUACCCUGAUCGCAUCAUGACCACGUUCAGUGUCACACCGUCACCCAAAGUGUCUGACACAGUGGUAGAGCCAUACAACGCCACACUGUCCAUCCACCAGCUUGUGGAGAACACAGACGAGACCUUCAGCAUCGACAAUGAGGCACUGUACGACAUCUGCUUCCGCACACUUAAGCUGACCACGCCCACCUAUGGUGAUCUCAACCAUUUGGUUUCUGCUGCCAUGAGUGGUGUCACAACAUGUCUCCGUUUUCCAGGGCAGCUUAAUGCAGACUUGCGCAAGCUUGCAGUCAACAUGGUUCCUUUCCCUCGCUUACACUUCUUUAUGCCUGGAUUUGCACCCUUGACCAGCAGGGGGAGCCAGCAGUACCGUGCACUCACUGUUCCUGAAUUAACACAGCAGAUGUUUGACGCCAAGAACAUGAUGACGGCGUGCGACCCGCGGCAUGGACGUUACCUCACUGUAGCAGCUAUCUUCCGUGGUCGCAUGUCCAUGAAGGAGGUGGAUGAGCAGAUGCUGAGUGUGCAGAACAGGAACAGCAGCUACUUUGUCGAGUGGAUCCCCAACAAUGUGAAGACAGCUGUGUGUGACAUCCCACCACGCGGACUUAAGAUGGCCGCCACCUUUAUUGGGAACAGCACGGCCAUACAGGAGCUGUUCCGACGUAUCUCAGAGCAGUUCACUGCCAUGUUCCGGAGAAAGGCUUUCCUACACUGGUACACAGGGGAGGGGAUGGAUGAGAUGGAGUUCACUGAGGCUGAGAGCAACAUGAAUGACCUCAUCUCUGAAUACCAGCAGUACCAGGAUGCCACAGCCGAAGAAGCAGAGGAGUACGAGGAAGACGAGAUGGAGGAGGAGGAGGAUAUACGCCAUGAUGGCCGCCAAGAGGGUCACCACUGAGCAAACAAUUUUAGGAAAACAGCUCCCAUGUCAUUUUUAUGAAAGGACCCUUGAGUCUAAGAUAGCUACGAUAUGUAAAACCUCAGCUACUUAUACUGCAGUCUGUGUAACAUCUUACUUCUUUAGUACCUGAUUUGUGUUUUUUAUUUAAUAGAACAACUGCUAAAUACACAAACAGAAAUAGCUACACCAAUUAUUACACCUUUAUGCAUUGCUAAUUAGCUACAUAUAUUUAAUGCCUUAUCUUAUGGAGGUGUUAGGUAGCUAGCUAUUAAUGUUUAGCUACAAAAACAAACACGAUACCACUAUAGUACUAUAUGUUAGCAAUGGUAUAAGCACAGAAAAUAAUUUAGCAUUAAGCAGAAGGUGCUACUGAGAACCACAGCUAAAGUAUGAGUGUGUAACUACAGUCAUCAGGUGGUACAAUAAACUUACCUCACCAGAA